ACAGGAUAAAAUUAGGCCAGCCGGGCCUUAUAUUGCUGACGGAGCUGGGGUGGCCAAAAAAAGCCUGGAGUGCAAGCCAACGGUGGAAGCACAAGAAAGAGCGGAGAGCAAGCAGGACCACCGCUGAAAUGGCCACCAAACUUGUGGAUCUGGUGUACUGGCGUCACAUGUGGAGGACUGGUGUGGUGUUUACAGGGCUGGUAAUCGGUCUGGCCAGCUUGUUCCAGCUUAGUGCCGUCACUGUGGUCUCCAACGUCUUUCUGGGUGUCAUGUGCAUCACCUUCCCCCUCCGUUUUUAUUAUAAGCUACUGGAGCUCCUGCGCUGGAACCCCGGGGUUCACCCCUUUCAGUCGUGUCUGGAUUAUGACAGCUCUCUGACAAAUAAGGAGACGGUGAUGCUGGUGGAGGAGAUAGUGCUGCUGAUCGCAUUUUCUGUCACAGAAAUCAAACGGCUCAUUUUCAUUGAAAACAUAUUUGACUCUAUUAAGUUUGUUGUGCUUCUGUAUCUGCUGACCUAUGUUGGCGUCCAAACUAAUGGACUGACCCUGGUAAUAAGUGCUGUGAUCGCUGUUUUCUCCCUUCCUCUGCUGUACAAAAAGCAGCAGGUGCGGAUAAGAAGGAUGACUAGAGCAGUCAGAGCUUUUGUAAAGAGAGUCAAAAGCCUGUUCUCCAGUGUGUACGAUUCGGCGAGGCCCCCUCCAGCCCCUGCACCAAAACCUGCAAUUUCAGCUGCAAAUGUGCCCAAACAGAAAGCCAAGUCAAAGUAACUGUGUUGGUCACGUAUUGAAAACACCCAGCAUUUGGGAUUUGGGGAAAGCCUGGAAGGGCACAUCCUCUGGGGGGCCGCUGGAGGGGCUGCUCGUUUCCACUUCUCCACCAUGAUGUUUGUUUAUGGGAGCAAGAUAUAAUUGAUCCUGACAGCUUAAACAAAGCUGCCAUUCACUGAAGGAGAGAGAGGAUGAGGAGGUGUAUGAGGAGGGGAAUUUUAUUUACUGUGAUGCUCUCUGUGGGCAGCGUCUAAUAGAACCAGUUCACACAGUCAUCCUCUUCAAGUAGGCUAUGGAUGGCACAGAACAUCACAGCUUUUUUUUUCUUUAAUAACAAGUGUAUUUUUACAUAACUAGUACGCUGUGUUCCUGUCAAACUGUGGAAGUAUUUAUAAUGAAGCCCUGCAGCAUUAUUGCUGCUUUUAUUAUGAAGCAUCAUUCAUUGUUAGCUGGAUAGAAUAAAAAGACAUGAACAUCGCCUGCUAUUAAUCAGCAUUAAUAGUGUUGCACUUGCUAAGUCGAGGAAAAAGCUUGGUAAGCAGCCAGCCCUACAACCUUUAAAAGACUUACAUGAGAAAUAAUGAGAGUGUUCUCCUUUAAUCUUAGUGCUAAUCACUUUUAAUUAGAAACAAACAGUGACCUCAUAUUGUGGGAAAGCAGUUUGCUAAUAAAAAAAGUACAACUCUUAACAAGUGGGAGGAAUUUUGACUGUACAUGCAGUUCAUUUGGAUUGAUCAAAACACAAAAAGGCACUUUCUAGGUAACAUCUUAGACUGUAUACAAAAGAUGGACAUAGCAACCAUGAAAUCACCCAAAGUUUAAAAAAAAAAAUUGCCAUGUUGAUGUUUUUUUAAACCACACGACAUGAGUGUGGGACGGUUUUGGUUGUGUAACUGGGCGACACCACACGCUCCCUGGCUAACGACUUGUCAAUCACAUGGUAAAGCAUUCCUUGCUUUAUUGUCCUUCUGGACACUAAUGUGGAUAAUAAUUUACAAAAUAAACCUGAUUUUGUAUUUAAUAAGGCUUAAAAGUAGUGACUGGGCCAAUCAACUCUCUGUACUGAGGUCACAGAGAAAAGGAAGCUGAGGAACAUUUUCCCAUAAACUUCUGUACAACAUGGCAUCUUUUUGCAACCAGUGGUGUCGCCCCCUGCUGGUACUUAGAAAUACAUGCUAUGCUCUAACCAUUUAGAAGCUGGUUUACAGUGCAAAGAUUUAAAAACAAACAAACAGAUGUCUAUUUACAGACAGGACUUGCAUUAGUUUCCAAAUAACCUAUUAAUAACCUAAUCACAAUUAAUUAGGCUUCUGUAUUUAAAUACAACUAAACCGUCACUGUUGUUAUUAGGAAUAUGCCUAGUGUAUUAGGUGGUGAGUGAUAAGAGUAAACCAUGGAGUGGUUAAUAAAAUCCCUUUAUAAAGUGUUGAAAUGAGUGUUUUCACCACCACCAUCUUGGUGUUUAGAAAGGUACUGUAAGAACAUUGGUUGGGGUCAGAUUGUGAAAUUGCAUGCUCAUUGGCUAACGACUUAUCAGUCACAAGUUGUUAUCCAGUGAGAAUACCCCGGGUAAUCCUCUUUUAGACAUUUCAAAUGACUAAAAUUUACAAAAUGGACUACGUUAUAUUCAGUUUGAACAUUCAAAGAAAUACAUGUCUAAGGCACUUCUACACUGGCUUCACUUUUCUGACCUGGAAGCUACGUCCAUCAUCAUGAAUUCAUUGUCUGCAAAACAAAACAAUGAGGCCCAAAAGGCCAAAGCCACAGAGCCGGGUGAUCUUACAUUAUUAGCAUGUGAUCUGCUGUGCAUAUAAAUAUGAGUACAGCGCUGUGUAGAGUAAUUUAGUAUUAUGGCUGUAUUCACCAAUUUUCCAUUGUUUUGAGUUACGACUUACUAAGCCAUCACUAACUAGCUAAUCAAUUAUCACAUGUCCAUAACUGCAGGAACCAGAUGCCUAAACUGCUUUCAGGGAACAUUUGAGGAAGCCAUUAAAUCCCAGUUAUAGUCAAAUUUGGUGCAGUUUUAGGAAUUUCAUGGAAUUAUCAGCACUGAUGGCAAAAUAAUGGACUUUAAUUCCAUUCUUUCCCCCCAAAAUAAUCAAUAUAUCCCCACAGCAUUACAGUUUGCGAAGUAUAAAACAUGCUUUUUACACUUUUACCACUCUUAUCUAGAAGUAGUUGCUACCACAUGCUGUAAACAUAGAAAUUAGGUGACUUUGCACAAACAUGAGCACAGAAAACAACAAGAGUUUGGGUGAACUCUUUCUUUAUUGUAACAACCAGCUGCCAAGCCUGAGCCAGUAGUCAGCAGUGUCGUUUAAGCCUCUAACGCUCAGUGUUUUAGACCAUAAAAAUGAAGCUGCUGCUCAUACUAAUGUGUCUUAAUGAGCGUGUAAAAUUCAUGUUGGGUGUUUGGAUUUACAGAUAGUUAUGCUUUUAUUUACCCAGAAUAUUCUGUCAACUUAUUUUCAAAAGUCUUAUUUUUAGAAAGAGUAUUUUUUCUAAUCUUUAACCAUAUUUACCCACCUCUGCAGUAUACAGAGAACAGUAAAACGUGGAUAUUCUAAACGAAAACUGUUUAUUGCAUAAAUGAUGCAUUCGUGCAAUAUCAGAAUUAGUGUAGUAUCAGUGGUACUGCGCACUUUGGGUGUGAAAUUAGCAGACUUUUUUCUCUUAUUCACUGUAAUAACAACUAUCAGUAUAAACACGUGGUCUUAAAUAACAGCUGCCUAAAGUCAGGCAUCAUCUGCUAGCCCAUGUUUUAGGUCUACUCUAUAUUUAUAAUGGAUUCUUUUUUUUUUAUUGUGAUGUUCUAUUGUAAUUUUGCUCCCAAAUAAAAUCUUGUUUACUAGAAAUAAAGACGAGUUUCCUCUGUGCAUUCACAAAGAGUACCGUGCAAAAGUCUUGAGCUCAACCCCUCAUUUAUUUGUUUUAGCAAGUAUACAUGAAAAUACAGCAUAUAAGGCAAAAACAGUUUGUACAGUUCCAUUGAACGUGAAAGUCAAUAUUUGGUAAGACCAACUUUAUUCAGUAUCGAUCACUCCAUGAGACCUGUUGCAGCUGAUUUUUAGUCCAUAUGUCAGCAUUUUCUCCUCGUUUCCCUUCCUUAAGAAUGGCUUCUUGACAGCCCCCCCCCCACCCCCACUGAGACCAUUUCUAAUGAGGCUUCAGUGAACAGCAGAUGGAUCAGCUGAAGCAUGUAGACAUUGAAAAACUUCUGAAAUCAGAUCCAUUGUUAAAUAUCACUUUUUAAAUGAAAAGGAAGUCUGGCUCCUUGGAAGCACAACAUAAAGAAAGGAGGGGUGACUCUUCACUUUUGCACAGUAGUGUUUUAUUAAUCAAUUUUCCUCCACUGCCUAAGCUGACUUUUUUCAUAGUGUAUAUUUCAGCUGGUGCUAUAAAGAAUGUAACAACACUCUAUGAGACAUGACGGCGGGAGCAAUCACAGCACCAGGACUCUGAUAGAGAAACAUCUAAAUGGAAUUAAUGCAUCAUUUAUUCCAUUGUUUGUAGUUUUGUGCUGUGAAAACGCCGUCUGUGCCAAAGGGUUAGUAGUUUUCCACUGUGUAAACAGGCUUGACAGUAAGACUGCAGCCAUCCAAGUUUUAAUUCUCUCUGACAAGGAGCAGCCAAGGGUCGCAUUAUGUAUUCAGUGAUGCACACGCUCUAUCGGGGGUUGCGCUGACCCAUUUGUCCACUAGGUGUUACCCUAGGAAAGUGUUCGCCAGAGCCCGUAACACGAGGACUGAUCUAAACAAAUCACUGAUUUCUGUCAAACAUCUCCACCCUCACUGUGGUGUCGUUACAACGUGAGCUCUGGCAUUUCACAGCACAAACACCACAUCAUUGACUCACGGUAAUAAUAAGAGCUUUUCUCUUUGAUGUGGGCGUCACAGUAAUUGCAAUGUGACUGUGACCUUGAGAUGAUUUUUAUUUCCCUUAAAAAAAUAAAUAAAACCAAACUCUCUUCGUCACUACAAACUCUUUUUCAAAUCUUCAAGGACUUCUUCUCUUGUUUCCCCGUGUCGUGACUCAGAGCUUCCAUCUCUCAGAGUGUUUACUUUAAAAAGGUCACUGAACACCCUCAUCUGGAGCUUUCUGUCUUCACACAGCAAUUCAGUAGACUCUUUCUUCUAUUCCUUUAGCUUUUCAAGUGGUUUUGGUUAUGUUUCCAACUGAGAACACACUUGGCAACAAUAUGCACUUUUAAUACAUACGUCAGUCAAGAAAAUAGCUCAAAACCAUCUAGUCACAGUGGAGGAAUGUGAGCACUACAGCAUACACAUAUCAGCAGGGAAUCCCCUCCCCCCUGCCAAAUGUUAUAAUGGCACUUUAAAAAUAUUAGUUCUCUGGCUCCUCACAAUAAUAAUCAGACAUUGUAUAUCCUACAGGAGUAUGAACUAUGUAAUCUAUUUUAGUUUAACAAAAAUAAUGCAAGUAUCUUUCUUCAGUGCACAUAAAACCAAAAAACAGAAAUCUGAAAUGUUGCAUAUUGUCGUUUCCCUGAUUUGUCUCCACAUGAUUACAAAUCUACAUGUUUUGUUCCCAAAAAAAGAACAGCAUCAUAACAUUACAACCGCACAUCACAGGACUGCGACAGAAGUACUUUAAUCCCUUUAUGUCUGUGAUGCAGCUAGAAUAUUUAGUCUCACUGGACCUCACAGUUUGGUCUGGUGAUGUAGCUGAGAAUAUGGAUUUAUGCUC